CGGCGCAGCCACAUUAUAAUCCAUCCACCGGACCUCACACUUCAGGAGGGGCAUGCCAGAGUCAUAACAAGAUAAUUCUGCAAAAGAUAGAUUUCCAAUAUGACUAAGUCCUACACGGAAGAAACCAUGAUGUCAUCAGACCCCCAGGAUUCUGCGACCUGGACUGAUGAGUGUCAGGGCUCCCAGGAUGAACAGGAUAUGGAGAAGAAAAACGGCGCACUCGAAUCCAUGCACGGGGACCUCGAGGACGACGACGAGGAUGGGUUAAACAGAUUGGAUGAGGAUGAUGAUGAAGAUGAAGAUGAGGAAGAAGAAGGCGACGAUCAAAAGCCUAAACGUCGUGGACCAAAAAAGAAGAAAAUGACAAAAGCCAGAAUGCAGAGGUUUAAGAUGAGGCGCCACAAGGCGAACGCGCGCGAAAGGAAUCGUAUGCACGGACUCAACGACGCGCUCGAGAGUUUGCGUAAAGUUGUGCCAUGUUACUCCAAAACCCAAAAGCUCUCAAAAAUUGAGACUUUGCGUCUGGCUAAAAACUACAUCUGGGCCCUGUCAGAGAUCUUGCGGUCGGGUAAGAGCCCAGACAUCAUGUCAUUUGUACAGGCCCUGUGUAAGGGCUUGUCUCAGCCCACUACUAAUCUAGUGGCAGGCUGUCUCCAGCUCAACCCCAGAACGUUCCUCCCGGAGCAGACACAGGAGAUACCAUCUCAUAUGCAACCAGCAAGUGCUUCCUUCGCCGCGCAUCCCUAUUCCUACCAGACCCCGGGUCUUCCCAGCCCUCCAUAUGGUACAAUGGACAGCUCCCACAUCUUCCACGUCAAGCCCCAUUCAUACGGAAGUGCGCUGGAGCCGUUCUUUGAGACCGCGCUGCCGCUUACAGACUGCACUAGUCCAUCAUUCGACGGACCUUUAAGCCCACCACUGAGUGUCAACGGGAACUUUUCCUUCAAACACGAGCCUUCGUCUGAGUUCGAAAAGAACUACGCAUUUACAAUGCACUACCAGGCUGCCGCGGGACUGGCGGGUCCACAGGCACACGCGCCCCUUUACGCGAGCUCUGCGCAGCGGUGUGAGAUACCGAUGGAAAACAUUAUGUCGUACGAAGGACACACUCAUCACGAGAGAGUCAUGAAUGCUCAGCUUAACGCUAUAUUUCAUGAUCCGUGAAUACAUUAAACCAUCAAAGACUGAUAAGAGUGCGUCAUGAUAUGAUAUCCUAGUGCCACUGAUGCAAAAGAGCAAUUUAUUAUCAUCUUGAUUCUAUCAUGUAGCCUAUGUAUUUAUUGUUGUUACUGCCUUUAGGAGAAGUGCGGAUACAUAUGCAUAUUCUCUUUCACUUCAUGUAUUGUAUUCUAUAGCGCUUCUAUAGGUCACAUUGUGGAAAUAGUGGUGACUAUACUCAGAAUGUGUUGAUUAUCCAUGCUACAAAAUCACAAGCAAUAAUUUGGAAAACUAUGCAAUUUUUAAACGAAUACUUGGGCCAAUAAAAUAAAUAAUAAAGAUUUCUAUAUUUUUCAACCAG